GUAUUUGUUUAAUUAUUUCAUACGACUGAGUGUUUUGGGGUGUUGACAAUUGUGUUUAUUGUGUUUGUUUGAGAUGAGCACUGGCAUACAUAGUGGCGUAUGCCAUUUUUGGUUUGUUUAUUUUCAACUCUCAAGUCUUCUAUAUAUGUACACAUGUAUAGAAGUUGAAAGAGCCAAAUUGAGAGAAUUAUCUUCUCAGCAACCAAACAAGCCUUAGAUCUUUUAUUGUGCACCAAAAUAUGGAAGAGAAGGGUGUUGACUCGAUUCCCCAUGAAGCUCAAGAGGAUAGGAAGGUUAUUGGUGUAAGAGAAGAAUCACAUGAGCAACUCAAAGUGAAGCCAGAUUCUCCAACCAAAGAGGGGAAUGGGAAGCUUGAAUCUGCCAAAGCUGAAAAGGUUGAGGUAAUAGAGGAGAAUGCAAGAUUGAAGAUGAUGUUGGAUCGGAUCGAGAAAGAUUAUCAUUCUCUCCAGCUCCAAUUCUUUGACAUCCUUAAACAAGAUCAUCAACUUCCCCAAAAAUCUGCUCCUCAUGAUGAUGAUGAUGAUGGCAAGGAACCUGAUCAACUUGUCUCACUUUGCCUUGGAAGAAGAUCAAGUCCAAGUAGUGAUGAAUCAAGAAAAGAUGACAAGCAAUCCACCAACUCCAGAAAAGCUAGAGAUCAAGAUGAUCAAGACUGGAAGUCCAGUCUAACACUUGGGUUGGACUCCAAAUUAUCAACUGAAACUGUUACAAAUGAUCAUAAUCCAAGUUCAGAGAAUAGUGUAGAAGAGCUCAAUAACAAGGAAGAGGAAGCAGCAGGAGAGACCUGGCCACCAAGAAAGAUUCAGAGAACAAUGAGUAAUAAUGGAGAUGAUGAUGUAAAUGUUGCUAAACAAAGUCAUGUUAAGAGAGCCAGAGUUUGUGUCAGAGCCAGAUGCGAUACUCCCACGAUGCAAGAUGGAUGCCAAUGGAGGAAAUAUGGUCAGAAGAUUGCAAAAGGGAAUCCGUGCCCGCGAGCAUACUUUCGUUGCACUGUUGCACCAGCAUGUCCUGUAAGAAAACAGGUGCAAAGAUGUCUUGAGGACAUGUCAAUCUUGAUCACAACCUAUGAAGGAACACACAACCAUCCUCUGUCAGUUACAGCUACAGCAAUGGCUUCCACAACCUCUGCUGCUGCUUCCAUGCUAUUAUCUGGUUCCUCAACCUCACAAUCAGGACUAACUUCCACAACCACCACAAGUGAUCAUCAACUCCAUGGAUCAUCAAAUCUCUACGGAUCAUCAUCAAACUUCAGUAUCUAUGAUAAUUCAAGACCAAAACAUCUCUAUUUCCCCAACACUACUACUUCCUCCUCUGCUUUGUUCCCAACAAUCACUUUAGACCUCACAACCCCUUCUCCAUCCUCUUCUUCUUCUACACAUGUUAACAACAAGUUCUCUUCAAUCUUCCAUUCAAGCUCAAGAUUUCCUACUUCAAGUGUCAGUUUUUCUUCAGGUGAUCAAUCCAACAGUAGCUUAUCUACAAUUUGGGGCAAUAAUGGGUACCAUUCCUUCAACAGCAAUCUACCUUAUAAUAAUCAAACUCACGUUGGAUCAUUGAGUCUGGGGAAGCAAUCCCAAGAACAUGUGUAUCCAACUUUCAUGGACAAGACCCAGCAAGCUGGUACUACUUCUCAACAGGCUUUGGCAGAGACAUUAACCAAAGCAAUAACAUCUGGUCCGAGUUUUCGAUCAGUAGUAGCGACAGCGAUUUCGUCGCUAGUUGGUGCAAAUCAAGGUAAUCAAGGCCAAAGAGAAGCAAUUGUGCAGAACUUGUUGCAGACUCUUGCUUCAAACACAUUGUCAAGCCAGGAUGAGAAAGGGUGUGCUUCGAGCUACUUCAAUGGGUUCUCGACAACAUCUUCGAAUUCUCAAACAAGAUCAAGUUUGAUUGAAGCUGCAUUGCCUCUUUCAAUUGUGAACAGUAGUACUUCUAUUCCACCUUCUAAUAACAAGGAACAGAACAGUUGAUUAGUGUUGUAAACAUAUGAUCACUUUGGACACUGUUUUUCGUUUGAUAAUUAGUAAUGCAAGUGUAUAAUCACAAAUCGUCAAGAAAAGAAUAAUUUCUGUAA